CCCCCCCACAACCCUGCCAACAAGUCUCCAGCCUGGCUCUGAUUGAGGUGGGGAUGAGAGUCUCUGUGGUCUUCCCGCGCCAUCCCUGGACUCAGACCAGGGGUUUGCUAAUGUUUCCAAGCUGCUCUCCUCCAUCCUGAGCUGCACCCUGGCUCCUCCAGCUUUGGCCUGUGGGGACUAGCUCUGUCUACCCCACCCCAUCUGACAGAGGAGGGAACUGGUCCAGGUUGGUGAAUGGGGAGGUUGGGGAGGCGGGGUGGGUAACCAGCCCUGGAAUCAAUCAGGAUGGAGUGAGCCAGGAGAGGGAGACAGACGACACCAACACCAAGGGACUCCCUGCAUCUGGCCUGAAGAAUUUCCCCCAUCUCACUACACAUAGCGGAUUUUGGACUCAGAGAAGACAUCUCCCAGCUCCCUUGCCUGAGUGUUGGCAUGACACUCCAACCCCUUCUCCAGGAGAUGCAGUCCCUGGGAGCCCUGCUGGCCGGCAGAGCCAUGCUUCACAACUCCAGCCACAGGGAAGGCAUGAUGCAUGUGGAUAAGACCCGGAGGGUGCAGGACAGGGACAGGGAAGGGGUAUGGGUAGGGGGAGCUCUGGCCCCCAAUACCUCCUCCCCAUUCCCCCCUGAGCCUCCAGGGGCCUCAGGCAGCAUUAUCCCCGUCUACUGUGCCCUCCUGGCCACGGUGGUCCUUGGUCUGCUCGCCUAUGUGGCCUUCAAGUGCUGGCGCUCACAUAAACAAAGACAGCAGCUGGCCAAAGCUCGGACUGCAGAGCUGGGGGCCCUCGACAGGGACCAGAGGCAUGGGGACAGCGUUGUCUUCCUGGACAAUCCCCAGCUGCCCGGGAGCCAGGGGCCACAUCCUGAACUUGGCUGCCGGCUCUACCUUCAUCUCCCUCGGCAGCAGCAAGAGGAAGUGGAACGGCUCCUGGAAGUGUCCGGCGAACCCAACCAGGGCUGGCAGGGCCUGGCCGGCCGCCUGGGCUACCACGCGGACGCUGUGGAGAUCAUGGCCCAGGGCCAGGUGCCAGCCCACACCCUACUGAGGGACUGGGCCGUCAAAGAAGGCAGCGGGGCCACCCUCAGGGUGCUGGAGGACGCCCUGGCCGCCAUGGGCCGUGAAGAUGUGGUCCGGCUUCUGAGCUCCCCAGCUGAGGGCUGCUCUGUGGUGUGAGCGAUGCCACCACAGCCUGGCCUCUCAGGGAACCUGCUUUGGUGCUUCCCCCCCAAUUCCACAUAUGCUUUUCCUUCCUCGAGCUUCCUGGCAUUGGUGGCCUCAGCCUGCUCGGGUAGGAGGGAACAGAGAAGACCUGGCCACCACUCGCCUCCCCUUGUCCGACCUUCCUCCAGGACAGGGACCAGGACAUGGGGGGACUUAGCAGGGAGGAGUGGCCCUGCCCUCAUCCUCCCCACUCCAUCUCCCCUUAUUUAGCCUCAGCUGGUUUUUCUACUUUUGUAUCUCCUAUUAAAGGCAACUUUGGACUACUG